AUGAGCUCCAAGCAACCCCCAGCGGAGCGGGCUAGCGAACUUAUCGAAUCUGUUCCGGCCAGCAACAUUGUUUCCAAGACCGGGGCGAUCGUGCUGGGCACUGGUCUUGCUGCUACUGCCAUCUCGCAAGAGCUUUAUGUUGUCAACGAGGAGACUGUGAUUCUCGCUGGCUUUGCAAUCCUCGCCACUAUCAUUGCCAGGAGUGCUCAUGGACCUUAUUCGGAGUGGGCUCGUGGCCAGAUUGAUAAAAUCAAAGGCAUCCUCAACCAAUCCCGAGCGGAGCACACACAGGCCGUAAAGGAUCGUAUCAACUCUGUGGAGCAAAUGAAGGACGUUGUUGGCCUUACAAAAGGCUUGUUUGCACUGUCCAAGGAAACUGUUCAGUUGGAAGCGGAAAUCUUUGAGCAGCGUCAACGAGUCGCUAUGGCUGCCGAGCUCAAGUCUGUCCUCGACUCGUGGGUUCGAUACGAGCAGCAAGCAAAGGAGGCUGAACAAGCUGAGCUUGCCAAGUCGGUCAUCGACAAGGUUCUCAAGAGUCUCUCGGAUGAAAGGGCGCAAAAGGACAUUCUUCUCAGCGCCGUCACCGAAGUGGAACAACUCGUCAAGAACAAGGCUAUCUGA